CCUGCUCUGCACGCUGUGUCCACAGGCUACAGGAACAUGUCUGUGGCCCUGAACCAGACUGGGCGCCACAUCGUCUACUCCUGUGAGUGGCCCUUCUACCUGUGGCCCUAUGUACAGCCCAACUACACGGACAUCAGGAUCCAUUGUAACCAGUGGAGGAACUACGGGGACAUCAGUGACUCGUGGGGAUCUCUGGCCCACAUCAUUGACUGGACAGCUGACCACCAGAGCACGCUGGUGCCCGCGGCUGGGCCUGGCGGCUGGAAUGACCCCGACAUGCUGAUCAUCGGCAACUUUGGGCUGAGCAUGGAGCAGCAGGUGACACAGAUGGCUCUGUGGGCAGUAAUGGCCGCCCCUCUCCUCAUGUCCAACGAUCUGCGGCUCAUCGACCCCCGGUCUAAAUCCCUGCUCCAGAACCGGUAUGUCAUCGCCAUCAACCAGGACCCGCUGGGGGUACAGGGCCAGCGCGUCAGCAAGCAAGGUAACUUUGAGCUGUGGUCGCGGCCACUAUCCGGCGGUGGCUUUGCCUACGCCGUGGUCAACCGGGCGGAGAUCGGCGGGCCACAGAAGUUCUCGGUGGUGAUGUUCGGGCUGGACGAAGGCAAGGCCUGUCAGGAGAGGUGUCUGGUCACUCAGAUCCUGCCCACCUUCCAGUUCCGUGGAAUCAAGGCCAUGACCUCGGUGGUCGAGCUGUGGGUAAAUCCCACCGGCACUGUCCUCUUCACAGUCUUCCCCCACAGCCCCCAGCCCCAGCUACUGCACAGCCCCCGGCAACACGGCUCCAGGCUGUGAUAGCCCUGCACCCAUGCAUCCUGCUCCUGUGUCAACCAGUGCAGCCCACCAGUGACCAUCGAUGCAUGGUGCAGCAACAGUAACCGUGUUAACCCUUCACACGCCACCACCUGGGCAUUUCCCUGGUACAGUGGUCGUAUCUGGGGGGGAGGGGAUUAUAUCUCUCAUCCCACGAACAAGCUUUGUAAUUGGUGUCACAAUCUGGGAUGUGAAUGUGAUUGAUCGCGGGAUCCAGAAUCAGUGUUAAUUUGAUAGCAAAAACCACUCUUUAUUGAGCAUCAGAAUCGGGGAUUGACGGUAGAAUCAGAGGUAUGAUUUUAUGUAACGUGACAGCCUGGGUGGACACGCGUGUGCUCUGGGUCAGACCGCCAGGGUAUCAGGUACAUUCCCAGAGCCGUACAACACGGGAACAGGCCAUUCAGCCCAUCUUGCCUAUGCUAUCCCCAUUGGGCCUCGAUCCCAUGGGUUGGUUAGUUUGGUGUCACAUGUACCGAGGUACAGUGAACAGCUGUUGGUGAUUCAAGAGCGCGUCUGUAACCAGCCGGUGACUGCCUGCACUGCUCCCUGGCAGUGUUCCUUGUGCUCCCUGGAUGUGGAAGGUCCCUCUGGUUUUAUCUACCUCUGCAGUAACAGGUUCCCGGAGGGGGUCCAUGUGUGUGUGUGUGUGUGGGGGGUGGGGGUCAGGGCUUGACCGGCUCCCGACCACUUUCCCCGCAUGUUGGGGGAGGCAGUUGGUGUGUAAAUGCCCCAUCUCCCGCCCGAGUGCCCGGUGCACCAACACCAGGAGCAGCCACUUAUUGAUGAGAGGGUGAUUUAUCGAUGAUCGGUUCAUGUCACUUGAUGUUUUUUUUUUAAAUGAAUAAUGUUUUGUAAAUGAUUUGCAGUGACUGUUUUAGAGAAAAAUGACCAUUCUCACACAGAACAUGUACUAGCAGGAGCAGGCCAUUCAGCCCUCAUGCUCACUGCUGUUCAGUAAGGACCGUAUAAGAUUUAAUAAAUGUUUUAUUGACUUUA